CUUCCGACUCACCACCCCGCCGCCGUUGUCCCCCAGGACGUCCUGCCCCUGCCCAUCUUUUCCCUUCUCUGGGUGCUGAGACACAUGUUCAAUACUUCUCUGCGCCGAGUGGCGCGCACCUGUACGAAUGCCCCGGCAGUACCCUCUCGCCCAUCUACUCCUACGGUAGCCUCCUUCACCUCCAACGCUCACCAGCGGCGGCAUUCCUCUUCGAAGCCACCCAUACCGCCGAACAAUGGCUCCCCGGCAAUCCCAGCAGCUUCUGUGAAACAAGUCGGCGCUCCCCGAUCUGAGUCGAAGCGACCGGGCGCUGAGUCGCGCCUUUCGAAGAAAAGGUCUUCCAAGGACAAGGCGGAGAACAAGGAAACCCAGGAUGACUGGACUUCAAAACUACCUGCGGUGCCUAGUCUGCAGCACUUGAACCCAAAAGAUGUUUAUGUUGCCUCCUUCUUCUCAACCCAUCGACCCAUGUCUAUCACCGGACCCGUGCCUCCCGAGGCGUCGAUAGAAGCGGUUGACAAAAUCUUCCAGCCAAAGCCGAAAUCGAGAUCACGUACUUCGUCUCAGGAUGUUAUCUACACCCUUGCUUCCGCGGUGGAAACCCUAGACGAGCAUAUUGCUCAAAAGCAUGCAGAUCAGCCCUCACAAAAUACGGCCGAGCAGAAGGCGGCUCUGAUCAAAGCCCUCAUGCAGCGCAAUGAGGCCCCCGCUGAUCCGAAUCGAACACAUCAUCUCGACGGUGCACCGCAAACCAUUCAGGUCGCGGGAGGCAAUAUCAAAUUAGUCAUCCAAGAAAUCCAGCGAAGGUUUCGGCCAUUCAAUGUUCCUCCGGUACCCCGACCCAUCAGCGAUGCUGAGAUCAACGCGAGCGAAGAGCAAUCUGCAGCCCAAGCAGAGAGGGGGGAAGAAUUGCAAGCCAAGGCCCUGGAAGUGGAAAUAGAACAACAGGAUUAUAAUGACCCUUAUAUUCAACAGGUGGUUAUCAACGUCCCGCGAGACUCGUCGGAUCUGCAAAGCGAGGGCUUUUUCACCAGCCGUGGUGCGUCUAUCAGGGAAAUCGAGAACCCAGACGCCUCAUCGUCCCUGCAAGAGAUUGAACAACAAUCACCUUUGGGACGAAGCCGGAUCAUUGGCCACCGAAGGCAAAUCGGCUCUAUUCCAUCCAAGAGAAGAGAAGGAAUGUACGCGAUCAGUGUCAAGAGACAAAGGCGCUUGAAGAUGAAGAAGCACAAGUACAAGAAGUUGAUGCGCAAGACAAGGAACUUGAGGCGGAAGUUGGGCCAGAUAUAAUGCCACCUGCACGGGACGCGAGGGUCUACCCUUUUUUUCUGCCAGUUCGCAUUGCUUGCAAGGAUCAUACACCUGAGUUAGACACAUCUGGACAUGAGGAUUUUUUCCAUUGUCGUUGCAUUUCAAGCGGGUCUUGCAGAGUCCUGGUUGUCUCCUCGACUUUGGGCGGGACGCAGUCGGCGAGUAGCAGCUUAUCGUUUCAGUUCCAUCUUCGCAACGCAGAACUAUAUACGGAGUACCGCCUCGAUCGAACCAGGUCCCUAAACCUCAGACGUGGCCCUCCCAGAAUAAUCUCUUCGCUCUC